AUGCCUGCAGAACGCGCGGGGUUCACCGUCACCAUGUUCCUCAUUGACGUCUCAAAGUCGAUGGGGAAGAAGAGACAAAUCGAACUACCUGGGCAGAACCCGAACGACGAACCAUACCAUAGAGAGAUCACCAACCUCGAAUGGGGCCUUCAAUUCGUGAAGCUCAAGAUUCAGGAGAUGAUAUACAACGGCCGGAAGACAGACAAAUGCGGCGUAAUUAUCUUUGGCUGCGACGAGACAAAUAACCCCGUCAACGAGCGCGAAGGCGGCUACGAAAACGUCAGCGAGUAUAUACCCGUUGAACAGCCCAACUCGUCGACCAUAGCUAAGCUGGACGAGCUGCGCGCCUCAGAGGACAGCACCGGUGAUCCCAUGGACGCCCUCAUCGUCGCCGUCCAAAUGCAAGACGAAGUCCUCAACUCAAAGAAGACAUGGACACGGAAAAUCACGAUCGUCACCGACGGCGAGUCGCCAAUGGAACUUGAGGACUGGGAAGCGACCGUGCAGAAGAUCAAUGAGCUGGGGGUCCGGUUGGCGGUGGUUGGCAUCGACUUUGACUCCGAAGAAUAUGGAUACCAUCAGGAAAACAAGCCGCAUGUCAAGUCUACCAACGAAAACUUCUGGACCCAAUUCACCUCCCUCCUCAGCCACGGCGUCGUCGGCACGUGCGAGGAGGCCCUCGAGGACACCGCCGCCCCCGACGUGAAGGAGACCAAGUCGGUGCUGAUGAGCAACGUCCUUAGACUGGGGGACGUCGACAAUAGACCGGAGACCGCGCUAGAGAUUAUCGUCAGGACGGCCAAGUGCACGGCUAUGCAACGGCCCAAGUCGUGGAAGAAGUUCGCGCCAAGGGUCAAGGGGGAUGAGAGCGAAGCCGAAGACAAGCCUGAUGAGGAUAUGGAGAAAGACGAUGACAGCGUCACGGAAGAUGGCAGCGAGACAGAGGAGGACACUGACGAGGAGAUGGCAAAGGCUGCGAGGGGGAAGGGUGCGCCGGCGAAAAAGGGCAAGGGUGCACCUGCGAAGAAGAAUGGCAAAUUGAACGAGGACGCGAAGAAAGCCGGUACCCAGAAUAAGUCCAGCACCCAACCCCGCGCCUCCUCCUCCAGCGACGUCGACAUGUCCGACCCAGAGACCGAGGUCGUCUGGAUCGACGGCAAGCGCCAUCGCGGUCAGGUCUACGUGCCCGUCGCCACGCGCACCAAGUACUACGUGCGCAAGUCGAAGGCGGAGAUCCGAAAGGCCAAACAGGCCAAAGGGGAAGACGCCAACGCCGCCAGCACCCAAGACGUCAACAUGGACGCCGACGACGAAGACGGGGACGACUCCGACGCUGAAGAAGUCCUCGAUCUCGAAGACCCCCAAGUACGCGCGACCUACUACGACGAGGUUGAGCGCGAAACCCUUGUGCGCGGGUUCAAGUACGGGACGUCGUACGCGCCAUGUCCAGAGGGCCAUUUCCCAAAGCUGAACACGAAGAAGGGAAUCGAUUUUUGUGCCUUCUUCAAGAGGGACAAUUUCCGCCGCGAGCUCGUCAUGGGUGAAGUUCAGUACAUUUGGGCCGACCCGGCGCAGCCAAGGCAACAAAUCGCCCUCUCGUCCAUCAUUCGCGCCAUGUUCAAGGAGAAGGUGUACGCCAUUGGCCGAUGGGUCGGCAAGGAUGGAGCGGACCCGAAGAUGGGUGUCCUCGCGCCAUGCAAGUUCCCCGACGUGGAUUGUUUGCUGUGGGCGCCGAUGCCCUUCGCCGACGACGUGCGCAAGUACACGUUCCCCUCGCUCAUGAACCUGCUGAACAAGAAAGGCGAGCGCGUCACCGAGCAUCCAUAUAUACCCACCGAAGCCCAAUGUGCGGCCAUGGACGAUUUCGUGGACUCCAUGGAUCUGAUGGAGGCGGGCGAAAAGGACGAUGACGGCAAACGCGGCCAAUGGUUCACCACAAUCGAAUCGUACAACCCCGCCCUUCAUCGCACGAAGCAGGCCAUGUUCCACGGCGCGGUCGUGCAUAACUUGGACAAGGAUCCUGUGCCACCGCCACAUCCUGAUAUCGUACGCUUCUUCGAUCCGCCGAAUCGUGUGCUGCGCAAGGCGCGCGACGCGCUGGAGACGGCGAAGCGGGAGCUCAAGGUUAAGCAAGUACCCAAAACAAUCCCGAAAGCGAAGGAAGCGAAGCACGCGCAUGCGGUCGAGGAGGAGGACGAGCCCAUGCUGCUCGGUCCCAAUCCACCCUCUUCACCAGCCGCUGCGCCUGCACCUUUGGCAGUCCCUGCGAAGGUGGCCCCCACCGACAGGCGAGAAGCCGACGACGACGAAGACGAGGAGCUCCUACUCGAAGCCGAACCGAGCAAACCCGUCAGCAAACCGAAAUCCAAGGCCCCACUGCCCACUCCACCUCAAGAAGUUGACCCCGGGCGCGCCCCCGACCGCAUCAUCGGCUCCGUCUUCCCCCUCGACGACUUCAAAGCCAACAUUGCCCGCGGCGACGUCGUCAGCAAGGCCGUCGAGGACCUCGCCUUCGUCAUCUGCGAGAUCGUUCGCAAGCCGUUCGUACCCUUGCACCGGAAGGACGAGCUUAUCGAAUGCAUGCGCUUCCUGCGGCACACGUGCGUGACGGAGGACGAGGUGGACGCGUGGAAUGCGUUCAUGCGGGAGUUGAAGGAGGCGUGCGAGGACGUUGGUGUCGACGAGUUCUGGAGGGGGGUGAAGGAGGCUGGGCGAGAACUGAGUCUCAUCAGCGACAAGGAAGCGGAGGAGCAUGGCGGGACGUCUUCGGUGUCGGAAGAGGAAGCGCAACGGGUGAGUCUUUGGCAUAAAUCGGCAGAGCAGCUCGUCUGA